CAAGGCCGAGCAUGCGGCGCUGCCUGUGCCGGAUCUGCACGUGCGGGCGACAUCGCUGUCCACGCGGGCCCACGAAGCUCUACGAGAGCUCGGGCGCGGACUGGCCUCCGACAGAGUACGCGGAGAAGUACCCGGCCCACGGCAAUGUCCUCCCGGCCCAGAGCCUUAGGCCCAAGCAAGAGCUUCCAGCCUGCCGUGGCACAGCACAAGGAAUACCAGCACUGAAGUCCCGUCAGCCGCGCGCCCGCCCUGGAGAGCUGGAGGCCGUCCCCACCUACAGAGAUGAUUACAGAGCCUGGGGCCUUCAGAAAAGGGAGCUUUAUAAACCGGAACAGAGCUACUGCGCCCCGGUCGUGAGGUUCGGGAACCCCACCACGUUUCAGGACGCCUUCGUGCCCCAGGCAGCGGCCCCACCACAGAGCCUCAAGCCCCCCUCUGCGGCCUGGGGGCCCUCAGGUCCCUUCCAUGGGGACACGAGCCACCGCCUCGAUUAUGUGCCGUACCAGCUGCCGCCGAGGCUGGCGCGGCCGAAGGAGGCCUACAAGCCGCCCAGCCGGCCGUUCAAGGGGCUCACGACCCACCGCCGGGACUUCCAGGGCCUGGCCGGGGAGGUCGUGAAGCCGUGCGGGCCGCCGCGCCCCAGGGCGGCCCCAGCGGCACCCUUCGAAGGGAGCACGGAGUUCCGCGAGAGCUUCCAGGCCUGGGAAGUGCCCCCGCGGGAGGCCAGGAGGGCGCCGGAGUACACGCCGCCCGCGGGCACCAUGCAGCUGGCCAGCACCAGCCGGCUGCACUACGUGCCGCACCCGGGGGUCCUGACGGAGAGCUGCCGGCCCCGGGAGGCGCGCGCGCCGAGCCCUGGCCCCUUCGAGGACGCCACGGUGUACUCCCUGGAGUACACGCCCAAGGAGCAGGCGGCCUGCCCCGCCAGCUACCCCUGCCCCCCCGGCUACGUCUUCGAGGACACGGACUCCCGCGGCCACAGGCACUUCCGCCGGGCCCCGGCCGUGGGGGCCCCCUAGCUGGCCUGCGGCGCCGCGCUCAGGGCCAAGCCCGCUCUGGCGCAGAGAUAAGCGUGCGGAGAGCCGAAGCCAGUCGUAGUCCCCGCGUAGAAGGGAAGCGUGUGCCGGCGGUGAAGCAAAUCAUACCUGAAAGUUUUUGAACAAGAACAUCGGAAAUUUUUUUUCAGAAGUCACGAUCUUAAACCCGGCCGUGCUGCUCUGACAAGCCCUGCUCCCACGCGUCUGAGAGGCGGCCGUGCCCCUGCCGCCGGCCCCUGCGCCUUCACCCCCAGGCCUGCUCCGCCAUCCCGACCCCCGGCUCUGAGCCCGGGCCCGAGGAUGCCCGCG